UGUGUGUGUGUGAGUGUGGUCGGGGUAAUUCUCCUUCACUAGUGUGUCUGGAUAAAGAAAGACUAGGUCAGCCAUGUGGAUGCGUCUGUUGAACAGCUGAAGAGGAGGAGGAGGAGGAGGAGGAGGAAGAGGGGGAGCGAUAGGGAGAGUGUGUGUGCAUAGGAAAGAGAGAGAAGAAGAAGAAGAGAGAGAGAGAGAGAGAGAGAGAGAGAGAGAGAGAGAGAGAGCUGAGUGUGUGUGACUGUGUGUGUGAGUGUGUGUGUGUGGAAAAAGGAAGCAGAGCCUGUAAACGGCGCUGUGUUACUUUUCAUGUGGACUCUAUCCUCGACAACAACCAAACACGACCAAAAGGGAAUAGCAGCUUUUUUUCCGAGAUACAGAGGGUUUUUUUGCGCGGUGCGUAAAUCAGUAAAGUGAAACCGUCUUUUGUUGAAAGCAAGUGCUCGCCCGAGCUCGGAGGAAAAAAACCGGAGGGGGAUAAAAAAGAAAGGAAAAAAAAAAAAAAGUGUCCGUGUGCGUGUUCGCCGCGUUUUGUCCCGGUUCUUGGAUUUGGCCCCCGGCUCUGGUGGGUCAUCUCCGGGCAAAGGAUCGCGUUUUUUGAACUUGUUUGCAGAGGUCUGUGGGACUCCAAGAAAUCACCAGACUGGCGGCUUUUCUGAAACACUGGGGUUGUUGGUGUGGCCAAAUUUUCCCUGGAUUUGACUGGUAAAUUCAGAAGACUGAAGCCCAGGCUCACAGUCUACCUUUCACGGAGGCCCAGCCGUGAGAGGACUGAGGAAGGCACGUGGCGGAUCAUGACGGCCGACAAAGAGAAGGAGAGGGAGAAAGAGCGGGACAGAGACAGAGACAGGGACCGGGACAAGAGGGAGUCCGGCAAGUCCCGCCGGAUGGACGGGGACCGGGGCGACCGCGAGAGCGAGAGCUCCAGGCCGCGGCGCAGCUGCACGCUGGAGGGCGGGGCCAAGAACUAUGCAGAGAGCGAUCACAGCGAGGACGAGGACAACGAAAACGGCAGCGGGGGCGCGGGGAGCGGCGGACCAGAGGAGGCCGGCAAGAAGGGCAAGAAGAAGACGCCCAAGAAGAAGUCGCGCUACGAGCGCACAGAGAACGGAGAGAUCACGUCCUUCAUCACAGAAGAUGAUGUUGUUUACAGACCCGGAGAUUGUGUGUACAUUGAGAGUCGACGGCCCAACACUCCCUACUUCAUUUGUAGCAUUCAGGAUUUCAAGCUGAGUAAACGGGACCAUCUGCUGAUGAAUGUGAAAUGGUACUACCGCCAGUCAGAGGUGCCCGACUCCGUCUACCAGCACCUGGUGCAGGAUCGCAACAAUGAGAACGACUCCGGCCGGGACCUGGUCAUCACAGACCCAGUGGUCAGGAGUCGAGAACUCUUCAUCUCUGACUACGUGGACACUUAUCACGCUGCUGCUCUCAGGGGGAAAUGCAACAUUUCCCAUUUCUCCGACAUUUUUGCUGCCAGGGAGUUCAAAGCCCGCAUCGACUCCUUUUUCUAUAUCCUCGGAUAUAACCCAGAGACCAGGCGACUAAACAGCACACAGGGGGAAAUCCGAGUGGGACCCAGUCACCAAGCCAAGCUCCCCGAGCUGCAGCCUUUCCCCUCUCCCGGUGGCCAGGCCGUGACCGAGAACGAGGAGCUGGUCUGGAUGCCCGGGGUCAAUGACUGUGAUCUUCUCAUGUACCUCAGAGCCGCAAGGAGCAUGGCUGCGUUUGCAGGGAUGUGCGACGGAGGCUCAACAGAAGACGGGUGUUUAGCCGCCUCUCGAGAUGACACUACAUUAAACGCACUUAACACUCUUCACGAGAGCAGCUACGACGCAGGAAAAGCUCUCCAGCGUCUGGUGAAGAAGCCGGUACCCAAACUGAUAGAGAAGUGCUGGUCUGAGGACGAAGUGAAGCGCUUCAUUAAAGGCUUGAGACAGUUCGGCAAAAACUUCUUCAGGAUCCGGAAAGAGCUGCUGCCCAACAAAGAAACGGGAGAGCUUAUCACCUUCUACUACUAUUGGAAGAAGACCCCCGAGGCAGCCAGUUGUCGAGCACACCGCCGACACCGCCGCCAGCCCGUCUUCCGCCGCAUCAAGACGCGAACCGCUUCAACUCCUGUCAACACUCCCUCGCGCCCGCCCUCCAGCGAGUUCCUGGACCUCAGCUCAGCCAGCGAAGAUGACUUUGACAGCGAAGACAGCGAACAGGAGCUGAAGGGCUACGCCUGCCGUCACUGUUUCACCACCACCUCCAAGGACUGGCACCACGGGGGCCGGGAGAACAUCUUGCUGUGCACAGACUGCCGCAUUCACUUCAAGAAGUACGGUGAGCUGCCCCCCAUCGAGAAGCCCGUGGACCCGCCGCCAUUUAUGUUCAAACCUGUCAAAGAGGAAGAGGAUGGACUCAGCGGGAAGCAUAGCAUGAGGACCCGACGGAACCGAGGCUCGAUGUCGACGCUACGUAGUGGUCGUAAGAAGCAGACAGCCAGUCCCGAUGGCAGAGCCUCGCCUACCAACGAGGAUCUGCGCUCCAGCGGUCGUACGUCUCCCAGCGCGGCGAGUACCGACAGCACUGACAGCAAGACAGACUCCAUGAAGAAGCCCAGCAAGAAGAUUAAAGAAGAGGCUCCUUCACCGAUGAAGAGCGCCAAACGGCAGCGAGAGAAGGGAGCCUCGGACACGGAGGAGCCCGAGAGGUCCGGCGCCAAAAAGUCCAAGACACAAGAGCUGAGUCGACCCGACUCGCCCUCAGAGUGUGAGGGAGAAGGGGAGGGCGAGGGCGAGAGCUCUGAUGGACGCAGCAUCAACGAGGAGCUCAGUAGCGAUCCUAAAGACAUUGACCAGGACAAUAGGAGCUCCUCCCCGAGCAUCCCCAGCCCGCGCGACAACGAGAGCGACUCGGACUCAUCUGCCCAGCAGCAGCAGCUCCUGCAGAGCCAGCACCCUCCGGUCAUCCAGUGUCAGCCGGGCACCUCAGCCGCCUCCUCGGCACCGCCUCCGCCUCCGACCUUGGCCCCGUCGCUGCCCCCGCAGGUCUCCCCCACGGCGGCCUCCGUCUCUCUACCUCCCCAGCCUCUGCCCCAGGCAAGCCCGAUGUCUCUCAUCCAGUCGGGAGCGUCCCUCCACCCUCAAAGGCUUCCCUCUCCGCAUUCACCUUUGACUCAGGCUCCGCCUCCCGGCCCCCUUAUCCCACCUCAGUCGUUACCCAGCUCGCAUCACGGGCCCAUGCCUCCCAUGCCUCAUCCGCUGCAGCCCGGCCCCUCACACAUGCCUCACCCUCUCUCCAUGCCCCCCCAGGGCUUCCCUGUGGGUCAGUCUCAGGUCCCGCCCCUGCCAAUCUCUGGCCAACCACAGCCGAGGCCGCACACGCCUCCUUCCCAGUCCCAGUCCACAGCUCAGAGUGGAGGCCAGCCUCCGAGAGAGCAGUCCCUGCCCCCCGCCCCGAUGUCCAUGCCUCACAUCAAGCCCCCGCCGACCACGCCCAUCCCUCAGAUAACCAACCCGCAGUCCCACAAACACCCGCCCCACGCGUCAGCGCCGCCGUUCCCUCAGAUGCCUUCAAACCUGCCACCACCUCCUGCCCUCAAGCCCCUCAGCUCUCUAUCCAGCCACCAUCCUCCGUCAGCGCACCCACCUCCCUUACAGCUCAUGCCUCAGGGGCAGCAGCUUCAGCCUCCACCAGCCCAGCCUCCAGUUCUCACCCAGUCCCAGAGCCUCCCACCGUCAGCCAGCCACCAACCUCCUCCAGCUCCUCCUCUGCCGCCCUCCGCGGCGGCGUCGCACCCCAACGGGCCGCCGCAGCCGCCGUUCUCGUCUCAUCCUUUCAACACAGUUCUACCUCCAACCGGCCCUCCCCCAUCCUCGUCAAACUCUAUGCCUGGCAUACAGCCGCCAUCUUCCUCCGGUCCACCCUCCUCCAUCUCCAUGCCACUGCCUGCCUCCGUCGCUUGUGCCGGCCCGGGUCCGGUACUCCCACCUGUACACAUCAAAGAGGAGCCUCUGGACGAAACGGAGGAGCCGGAGAGCCCUCCUCCCCCACAGAGAAGCCCCUCCCCAGAGCCGACCGUCGUCAACACACCCAGCCACGCCAGCCAGUCGGCACGGUUCUACAAGCACCUGGACCGGGGUUACAACUCGUGUGCUCGGACGGAUUACUACUUCACUCCGCUGGCUUCAUCUAAGCUGGCCAAGAAGCGAGAAGAAGCUCUGGAGAAAGCCAAGAGGGAAACAGAACAGAAAGCCAGGGAAGAGAAGGAGCGAGAGAGGGAGAGGGAAAAAGAGCGAGAAAGAGAGCGGGAACGGGAGAAGGAACAAGAGCGAGCGGCGAAAGCCAGUUCCUCUCAUGACGGCAGGAUGGGUGAACAGCAGAUGGGCGGCCCCGCCCACAUGCGUGCGCAAUACGACGGCCCCCCCACCACGAUCGCGGCCGUGCCUCCGUACAUCGGCCCCGACACCCCGGCCCUACGCACCCUCAGCGAGUACGCCCGACCCCACGUCAUGUCCCCCAACAAUCGAAACCACCCCUUCUUCGUGUCCCUCAACCCCGCGGACCAGCUGCUGGCCUAUCACAUGCCCAGCUUGUACAACGCCGACCCGGGCAUGCGGGAGCGUGAGCUCCGGGAGCGGGAGAUGCGGGAGAGGGAGAUUCGGGAGAGGGAGCUGAGGGAGAGGAUGAAACCCGGUUUCGAGGUCAAGCCUCCAGAGAUGGACUCGCUUCACCCUUCCACAAACCCCAUGGAGCACUUUGCGCGGCACGGGGCCAUCACGUUGCCCCCCAUGGCCGGCCCUCACCCCUUCGCCUCCUUCCACCCGGGCCUGAACCCCUUAGAGCGCGAGCGGCUGGCCCUCGCCGCCGGGCCCCAGCUGCGGCCUGAAAUGAGCUACCCGGAGCGGUUGGCUGCAGAGAGACUCCACGCCGAGAGGAUGGCCACAGUGGCCAACGACCCCAUCGCCCGUCUACAGAUGUUCAACGUCACGCCACACCACCACCAGCACUCGCAUAUUCACUCACACCUACACCUGCACCAGCAAGAUCCUCUUCACCAAGGUGGUGAAUGUCUUGUGUGUCCUCCAGGCUCGGGGGGCCACCCCCUCGUAGAUCCCCUUGCAGGACCUCACCUGGCUCGCUUCCCUUACCCGCCCGGCGCCAUCCCCAACUCUCUCCUCGGCCAGCCGCCGCACGAACACGAGAUGCUGCGCCACCCAGUCUUCGGUACUCCAUACGCACGGGAGCUACAGGGAGGUCUGCCGCCGCCCAUGUCCGCAGCCCACCAGCUGCAGGCCAUGCACGCCCAGUCCGCUGAGCUCCAGAGGCUGGCCAUGGAGCAGCAGUGGCUCCACGGACACCAUCACAUGCACGGGGGACCUCUGCCUGGCCAGGAGGACUACUACAGCCGGCUGAAGAAGGAGAGCGACAAGCAGCUGUAACCGGCCGAGGGAGGCGGCGACCGACGGGUGCAGGACACGGGAAGUUGUUACAUUCAGUUUUGAAUAACGGAAAAGGCCAAGCGGAUCGUCUGAGAAACUCUUCUGAUAUCUGGUUUUUCGUUCCUGUCAAGGACUUCUUCUUUUUUUUUCUUUUUUUUAACUAUUAUUUUUCAAGACUUUCUUUGGUAUUUAGCCAGUAGUAACAACGUCCUCAAGGCUCCUGCAUGACAAGCUUCCCUGACGUUUUUUUUCGUAGGUGCUAGAACAAGACACUGUGCUUAUCGACAAACAAAAGAAAAAAGAAAAAAAAAGACAAGACCGGUUUAUGGAAAAAUAACAAGUGCUAUCUUAAACUCGACAUUUAUUUUAAUACAUUGUUGGAGGUUUUUUCAUAAUUUUAAGAAAAAGCUACAGCAUGGCGUUUUUGAGUCUGUAAAUAGUAUAUAUAAACAUAUAAUUAUUAUUAUAAUUAUUAUUAUUACUAGGUGUGGACUCCAAACCAAGUCGUUUCAACCUCCGAUAUAAUUGUUUUGAAGCAUUAUCCCUUGUUUCAGAGGGGAGCACCACGGCAUUAUUAUACGAGCAGUUCCUGAGGGUUCAGUUGUAAACGUUCCUCUGACAUCACUGUGUUAGAUUUUAGUCCCGCAUACACCAUGUAAACCAUAAACCUGUCACACACACACACACACACAUCCAUUCAUCACGCAGCAGGUUGUCAGAAUGUGUCAACUCAACAACGCUACGUUGAGUUCAUGAUUUGAAACACUUGAAGAGGGUGACGCCGUUAGUCGCCGAGGUUUCUGUGGAGUGCACACAACGAAGCCGUGGAUUCAAAAAGAAAAGUUUGCACUGAGAGAGUUCCACUCCGUUUUGGUUUCGCUUUAAAAUCAAUAUUUAAGUCAUUGGAGUAAUACUUCAUUGCUUUUUAUGUUUUUGUUUUUACAGAGAAAUGAUUUUAAUUAUGAUUUUAAACGCGCCGGAAAUUUGGCUGAACUGAAGAAUUUUAAAUUACCAGGACCUGGAUUUGAACUAUCAGGAGGCUAUGACAGGACUUCAGGAUUGUUUUAAACGUGUGAAUGGUUGGUGCUAGUUGUGUCGUGGGGGGGGGUGUCCUUCUCUUCUCCACCUGGUCCCCAUGUUCGUCGCGGGGCUCAUGUCCGACUGAGUCGUCCUCCAGCUAGGCUGUAAUAAUGUUCACUGUGACACUAGAGGGGACGGGGGCCACCAGGAGGUUCAGUUGGGGGGGUCCAUGAUGUGUGUAAGCGUAUACGGUAUGUAUGGGUGUGUUUUCCUCACAAAUGAUUUCGUAUGCCUUGGUUCCUUUCGGGACGCACACACACUCCUGGGCUUGAGGAGUGUGUGUUUGUGUGUGUGCCACUGACUGUUACGAGUUGUGUUGACCUGUCAUGACGGUGCACGUGAGCCCAUUUGUUUUUCUUUUUCGCUGUAGCCAUGACAACGAGUUGUUCCAUGCACUAAAGACUGCUUGACCGUCAUGGACAUUUAGAAAACUGUGGCUUUUUUUUUUUUUUUUUAACCAAAUGAAGAAACUGUACUUGCAUUUAAAAGUGACCAUAUCUUCCCUUGGAGCACUAUAAUUUACAUUUAAACGCUUCAUCAAACCCCCCCGCACCCCUUCUUAAAAAGUCCAAAAAAGUCUUUGAAGCCCUCGACGAGAACCCCGUCACUUUGUCUUGCCAUCUCCCACCGAUCCCUGUCUCUCUCUCUCUCUUCUGACGGCGUACUCCUCAUCCUCAUCCUUCACCUUUGCCUCGUUUUCCCUGACGAUUCCCUUUGCCUUUUACUCCCUCUUUUUGUGUCUCCAAAAACCUUUGAUGUUAAGUGUUGUCAAUGGUUUAGCUUCUUGUUUCAAAGCGGCAAUAGCAGAAUGUAAAUUCUGACUGCUAAGAUUUAUAUAUAUACUGGUAUCUUGAAGCUUAUUGUAUAUAUGAGUAGUCGCCAUGGGAUGACACAAUGUAAACAAAAAGUAGAAAUAAUAAGAAAAAUUGUGAGUCCUGUGUUCUCUCCAUUUGAGUAUUUUGUAAUUUUUUUGAAAAAUUUGUGGAAUUAAAAUAAACGACUAAGUUACACCACAA